AGGAGCCUGCCCGCCCCGGCUCUCCGCGCGGCGCGUACAGGGCCCGCGCCAGCGACUAUGGCGGAGCCCACCGUGUGCUCCUUCCUCACCAAGGUGCUGUGCGCCCACGGCGGCCGCAUGUUCCUGCGGGACCUGCGCGGCCACGUGGAGCUGUCGGAGGCCAGGCUCCAGGACGUGCUGCAGCGCGCCGGGCCCGAGCGCUUCCUGCUGCAGGAGGUGGAGACGCAGGAGGGCCUCGGGGACCCGGAGGCCGAGGCGGCGGCCGGCGCGGUGGGCGGCGGCGGCGGCGGCGGCGCCUCCGCCUGGAGGGUUGUGGCUGUGUCCUCCGUGCGCCUCUGCGCGCGCUACCAGCGCGGCGAGUGCCAGGCCUGCGACCAGCUGCACUUCUGCCGCCGCCACAUGCUGGGCAAGUGCCCCAACCGGGACUGCUGGUCUACCUGUACCCUUUCCCAUGAUAUCCACACACCUGUCAACAUGCAGGUCCUGAAAAACCAUGGACUUUUUGGCCUCAAUGAAGCCCAGCUUCGGAUCCUGCUUUUGCAGAAUGACCCCUGUCUUUUACCAGAGGUCUGUUUGCUCUACAACAAAGGGGAAGCCCUUUAUGGCUACUGCAACCUCAAGGAUAAAUGCAACAAGUUUCACGUAUGCAAAUCCUUUGUGAAGGGAGAGUGUAAACUUCAGACCUGCAAAAGGUCCCAUCAGCUUAUCCAUGCCGCAUCCUUGAAGCUGCUGCAGGACCAAGGAUUGAAUAUUCCAAGUGUUGUGAAUUUUCAGAUAAUAUCCACCUACAAGCAUAUGAAGCUGCACAAGAUGCUUGAAAAUACAGGUAAUUCAUCAUCUUCUACUGAGCGUUCACAAGGCCUUGAGAAGCAAGGAGUGCACGCAGCUAGAGCUGCAGAAGCUGGUCCUCUGACUUCUGUCCCUGCUCAGUUGGCCAAGAAGCCCUGCCCAGGUAAACCUUAAAGGAGGUCAGUGAACUAAGAAGAAGCUUGUUCAGCUUGGAAGAUCAGAAAACAAGGCUUCUGUUUAGCUUUAAUUUGUAACCAUUCAUUCACUUAAUCGUUGAUUGGUAAUGGUCAUAAUAUCUACCUCACCGUGUGUUGUGAGAAGUAAAGAAGAUGGAAAAGGAGAAAAUCUCCUUUUGGAAGGAUAUAGUCAGGCAUGGGUGGUUGGGGAUGGGGCUGGGCAUUGAGCAGGCAGAGAGGUUAAAAUUGAGUGCAGGUGGGGCCAGUCCAGGGCGAGUGCUGAAGGUGGCAACUUCUGCCUGUGGUGCCUAGUGCUU